AUGUUCCUGGAUCUUAAUCUUAUACGUCUGCCAAAUGGAUUGAGGAAUCUAACAACCUUAGAAGUGCUACUGGAUGCAAUUGUUGAUUCUGCGCACAUUGCGGAAAAGCUAGGCCAUUUGACGCAGCUGAGGAUCCUUUCUGUUGAGCUAGAAUUGGGCAACGAAACAAGAUGUGAUGAGGGCAUUUGCAAAGCUUUAGUGGAGUCCCUAGGCAAACUGGAAAAAAUCGAAAAAAUGAGAGUAGACUCAGACGCCGGAGUGAUGAAUCUUGAAGGCUCGCUGUUGUCCCUAGGCAACCUGUCCUAUCUUCGUAUUGGUCAAACUAGUCUGUUGCCAACAUGGAUUAAUCCUGGAUCGCUUCUCCUCCUAUCCUGCCUGAAAAUUACAGUGGCUCAGGUCCGAAGGGAGGACAUCCAUGUCCUCGGGAUGCUGCGGGCUCUUUGUUGUCUGGAAGUGAGUGUGUUUCAUGAUGAUGAUGUUGAUGAUGAUGACACACAAGUGCUGGAAAGGUUCAUGGUUGGCCCUGAUGCCUUCCCAUGUGCAAGAGACUGCAGAUUCUAUGGUUUUCUGAUGGUGCCGUCUAUGUUCCCACGAGGAGCUAUGCCCAUGCUUGAAAAUUUCAGGUUCUGUAUCCGCACAGAGGCUUUCGCUGAAGGUGAAUUCACUACUGAUGACCUGGCCUUGGGUCAUCUACCGUCUCUUCAAAGUGUGUCUGUUCGUCACAACUGUCGAAAGGAAGAGAGCAAUGGCGAAGAGGAGGUGAAUCAAUCUUACAAAGAUGCCCAGACACUAGAGACUUAG